UCAAUCUUCCCUCAUAGGUCAUGUUUUCUAGACCUUUAAUAAUUUUUGUUGCUCUUCUCUGCUUUUCUCCAUGAUUUGAGGUGAUGUGAAACUUCAACCAAAGCUUAUGAUAUGAUGUGAUGACGUUUGAAUACAUCAUAUUCUGAUACUGUGUGAUUGAUGCCAGUUUGGACCUAGCUACAUGACAUUGGGAUAUGUUAUUUCACGCUGUGAAGGCAUUUUGACCCAAAGUGGUAAUGAUGAUGCGUGAUCCUGGUGUGCCAUGGUGUGGCGCUGGUUGGAUGGAGUGAGCUGACAUUUUAAGACGUCAGUAUGCUGUGACCUUUCAGCACGCCUCAGACUGAUGGGACGUGCUGUUUUGCCGGGCCGCGCUGAGGUGCAUUAUGCGGCACCCCCACCCCGCGUUCUGAGGUGAAAGGGUGUCGUUUGGGGACGUCUUGAAGUCACAGUGACUUGACGAGACCCGACACGCCGUGACGCCAUUUCCAUGCCCUGCCCUGCGACACGUGUGAAGACCCCCCCGCCCCGCCCGAGACGUGGCAAACUGCAGAGGGAGUCAGACUUCAUAGCCAGUGUAGACAGCAGCUGGAUCUCGUGGGGUGUGGGGAUCUUCAUUCUGAAGCCCCUGAAAUGGACCCUGUCGAGUGUGCUGGGUGACAGUAAAGUGCCUGAGGAGGAGGAAGUGCUGAUAUUUGUGGAGCUACUUCAGGAAAAGGCAGAGGAAGUGUAUCGCCUCUAUCAGAAUUCUGCACUCUCUUCCCACCCUGUUGUUGUCCUCUCAGAAUUGCGUUCACUCUGUGCCAGCAUAUGUCCGGAUGAGAGGACAUUCUAUCUACUGCUGCUCCAGCUGCAGAAGGAAAAGAGGGUCACGGUCAUGGAGCAGAAUAGAGAGAAGAUAGUUAAGUUUGCCCGAGGUCUGCAUGCCAAAGUAUCCCCAGUGAAUGAUGUGGACAUUGGGGUCUAUCAGCUAAUGCAGAGUGAGCAGCUGCUAUCACAGAAGGUGGAGUCCCUUUCCCAGGAAGCAGAGAGGUGUAAAGAAGAUGCCCGGAGCGCUUGUAGAGCUGGCAAAAAGCAGUUGGCACUGAGAUGUUUGAAGUCCAAGCGAAGGACAGAGCGGCGGAUUGAAGAGCUCCUUUCCAAGCUGGAUGCAGUUCAGGGCAUCUUGGAUCGAAUAUAUGCUUCUCAGACAGAUCAGAUGGUGUUCAAUGCCUACCAGGCUGGAGUAGGAGCUCUGAAACUGUCCAUGAAAGAUGUCACUGUGGAGAAGGCAGAGAACCUGGUGGAUCAGAUUCAAGAGCUUUGUGACACCCAGGAUGAAGUUGUUCAGGCUCUGGCAGGAAUGUCAAUCAAUGGCUUGGCAGAGGUUGACAGUGAGGAACUUGAGAAGGAACUGGAUAGUCUCCUCCAGGACUCCACUAAAGAGCCUUUGGACCUGCCUCCUGUUCCCCAGAAGCCUCUGCUUCCCAGCGUCUCUGACACUGAGCUCGAAGCAGAGCUGGAGAAGGAGGAUGGAGGUUUGGCACAAAAGACUGCUUCUACCUACUCUGAACCCAAAAGAGCUCUGGGACUGGGUCUCUAACAGCGUCCUGCUGCUGUAAUUUGAGAAGUUGUCUUAAGCUUGCUUAACUAGUGACCAUAACUUUAAAAAGUAACUUUUGGAGUGUGGGCUAAUGCCCCCCUCUUUACUGGAUAUCACUUUGCUAAACGACAGGAUCUACUGCCAUGACAAUCCACCCUUUCUGGAACUGAUCCUAGCUGGUGUUGCUGUCGUCUCUUUAGUGUCAGUAUCUACAUUGGUCCCAGUUUGAUUUGUUAUCCCAAGUUGCCUACGAUGUUCACUCUUGCCAAUGAGCUCUGUCUUCCCUUCAGGAUUACGGUUCCUGAGCUCUCCUACUUCAUAACAGUCUCAGUUUUGCUAUGGCCAGCAUUGAGGAGAACCUGAAACGCAGUAGGAUCACAGCUGCUUGACCUCUGGCUGUUUGUGUGGUUGUGAAAAACGUUUGGCACGUAACAUAGUUACUGUUCUUGACAGUCAUCUAUCUGCAGCAAGCUUACACACAUGUUGAUAGUACUAUCUAUCUUUCCUUGUUUGUAUUUGCACGAUUGUGGUUGACGAGACCAAUAACUGUUUUAGUGUAUGAGACGUGUUGCCACUUGGGGGCAGCAAUUGCCAGCACAAGAUGAAAGUUGCUCCUCUCUUUGUAAUACACCAAGGCCUUGAAAGGAGACCUGCAAAGGAUUUUUACAAUGAAGGUGUUGCUUUUUAGACUGCGUGAUGAUAAAUGCCAGCAAUGUUUAAGUUUCUGCUUGUUUUUUACUUGUAGAAAUAACAGAUAGUUCAAGCUUAGUCUUCCCUGCCUUUGCCGGAGAGCUUCUUGGGAGUCACAGGGAUGGCUAGUGUGAGCUUUUUACACCAUCACUGAAUGGAUGGGGAUUUUGUAUCCUUUUCCAAAGUGUUCCUUAGACAGUGGUAUUAACAGUAAAACAGCUCAUUAAACCGUCUGACAAUCCCCUCUGUUAGUUUGCAGUCUUGAGAUGUCAUAAUUUUGGUAGGACACCGGUUGUCCUAGAGAAGAACUGAAUUUCUAAUGUAAAAAGACAAGCAGAAGGAAAUAAACUUUAGGAGUGGCCUUUUUUCAUUAGGAAGAAGUGCAAUUCCUCUUUGCAGGUCACUUUUACGAUGCUUAUCAUGUACAUGGAAGAGGGUAAGUCUGAUCUGUCUUGCUUCCAGUUGCAUCUAGCAUGGCUGGAUUAGCCGCUUUAGGCGAGGCAGGUGCUUCCAACUGUGCUCUUGUGUAUCCUGGCUUCUGAUGGGAGCACUAUGCCCUAGACAAGGAGUGGUGAAUAACAAGUGUGGUCUGACCCCAGGAAAGAAGGCUAUAGGGUGGACUAGGUGUGUGUACCUUUGUAACUGGUCUCCUACUUCUGUCCCCAUGUUUGAGUCAAUGUCUGCUUAUUGGGUAUUAUCCCUAUCCUGCCUCCUGUACCAGUGGCUCUCCAUUGCUCAAGCCAGGUGGAGGGCAGUUUGUAUGAAUAGUAAUAAUGGGUCAUGGAGUAAUGAACGGGGAAGGGGUACUGGUCCUCACCCGACUCCAGGAGAGCCGGGAAAGAACUACCAGCAAAGUGUCUACAGUCUGCUGCAUCUGAACACACCCAGCUUCUCUUCUACUCCCCUGCAGAAAUACCAUUACUGUUCCUGAGUGGAGACCCUCCCCCUGUGGAGGGUAUGGUACAAGGGGUUAGCAAGUCACAUGGGCCACAAACACAAUCAUACUAAAUCAUUUUAAUCUCCGUGUUCCUUUCCUAUGUAAAGAGAAGGGGGAAACAGUUGCUGUUUUUUCUACCUGCUGUGUAAUAAAGAGGGAAAAAAACCAAAAA